AGUCGGACUCGCGCUCUCACGUACGUUCGGACGUGUGUUGCGGCGUUCACGUUUCGGGUCAAGCAUCCCUAGUCUAAAAAUUCGCGCGUGAAUGCAGAUGUGAUGUGGUAAACUUUAAAAAAUGCUGGCAAUGGAUUCCUUGUGGUGCGGAUCGGAGAGCGAGCUCUCGACGCUGAGGCUGUGCAAGAGCGCGAUAGAGAAGCAGGAGUACAGGCUGCGACGGAAGCCGUCGAAGAGCCUGAUCCCGCAGGGGCUGCUGCACGCGCACCCGGAGCAGCCGCGCGCGGUCAGGAGGCGAAGGUCCGGCACUUGGCCGAGGACAAGGUCUCUGAACGCGCCGUCUCCCAUCCACCAGUUCGGACCAUGCGGCAGAAUAAUGAAGAACUCGGCUAUGGUUAUGCAAAUCCAAGACCCUGCGUCGCAGCGGCUGACGUGGUACAAACAGCCGCUCACGGUGCUGGUCAUCAAGAAGGUGCACGAUGCCACCAUCCUCACGCCGUUUGUACAGCUCGUCCACUGGCUCGUUCAUGACAAAAGUAUGGUAGUAUACGUAGAAGCGGCCGUACUAGACGACGUGUUACUAGCAGAAUACGGGGACUUCACAGCAGUUCGGGAGAAGCUGAUGACGUUCCGGGCGGGGCAAGACGAUCUCACUGACAAGAUCGACUUCAUCAUCUGUCUGGGCGGCGAUGGGACGCUGUUACAUGCCAGCUCACUGUUCCAGCAAUCGGUGCCUCCCGUGAUGGCGUUCCACCUGGGCUCGCUCGGUUUCCUCACGCCCUUCGAGUUCAACAACUUCCAGGACCAAGUCAUGAAUGUUCUAGAAGGUCACGCAGCGUUAACGCUCCGAUCACGUCUACAAUGUGUGGUGCUCCGCAAAAGCAAGAAAGACAACGAAGGCCGCAAGUGUAUUCUGGUGCUCAAUGAAGUGGUGGUCGACCGCGGGCCCUCACCUUACCUCUCUAACAUCGACUUAUUCCUGGAUAAUAAACACAUCACGUCUGUACAGGGCGACGGUCUAAUAGUAUCAACACCAACCGGCAGCACGGCGUAUGCAGUAGCGGCCGGCGCUAGCAUGAUCCACCCGUCCGUCCCCGCCAUCAUGGUGACGCCCAUCUGUCCUCACUCGCUCUCAUUCCGGCCUAUCGUGGUACCCGCGGGGGUCGAGCUCAAGAUAGCGCCGAGCGCGGACGCUCGCAACGCCGCGAGUGUGUCCUUCGACGGCCGCUCACAGCUCACGCUCAGGCCCGGCGAUAGCCUAUACGUCACCACGUCAGUGUACCCAGUCCCGUCGAUAUGCGCGCAGGACCAAAUCUCUGACUGGUUCGACUCGCUCGCCGAGUGUCUCCACUGGAACGUCCGCAAGAAGCAGAAACAGAUGGACGAGCUCAGCGACAUGACCUACUCGUCCAGCGACAACCUGGAGGAGCUCGACAACACGGAGCGACCCGCCGACACGUGACCGGACAGUAUUACUGUGGAAUGCGAGGCUUAACACAUUCCUGUAGGGCGCCGCCAGCGCUGGGUUAAGGGCGAGUGGUGUAAACGAGGCCUCGCUUUGGGGAGGGGUAGUUAAUUUGUGCAAUCCAUAUUUGUAAAUGUAUUUUUCUUUUGUAAACCAACAUUUCGAUAAUGCUAUGCUAGCAUACAUCUCGAAUAGAAGCAAUUUUGGAGAAUUAUAAGCGGCAACCCACACUCAGGCGAGGCAUGUCUUAAGACGCGGAACGGACGUCAGUAAUUUAAAAAAAUUCUCCUCAGUACAUUUUGUAUAGGAAGGACGUAAGACGCGCCCUAAGCGAUGCGUCCGUUCCGCGUCUUAAAACAUGCGUCGCCUGUGUGUGGAUAGUCCCUUAAACUUUAACUAUGUUGCAUAAGAAUCUCGAAUAGGUCGGUUUGAAAAGUAUGACUUUAAACAGACGCUGGCGGGCGUGUUUUCUUUUUAAAUUUAUACGGCGCAUUAUUUUGAAAAUUAUGCAACGAAUGUCUCGUUUUUACAGUGUGAGUGACAUUGCAAAAACAUUAAAGUACCUACUGUGUGCAAUAGAUUUUUUUUAAUGCGUUGUCACAUUCUGCGAUUUAUGUGUGGUAAUGCAUUUUAUGGGAUUUGUGAUAGUAUUUUAAAAUUGAAUUUUUGUUUAAAUUGAAUUUUGUAGUAUUCCUUCGGACAAUAAAAAUGUAAUUCUGUUAUGUCUCCAGGGAUAUGUUCUUGUUAUGUUUUAUAGAAAAGGUUAAGGUUCGGAUUUAAGGAAUGUUUGUUCCGAUAACUUAGUGAGUACUUACUGUAGGGUCAUUCUCUGAGAAUAUAUCUGUGAAUGCACCGCAGACAUAUUUUUAUAGACUGGCCAUGAAGAUAUACCAUCGUUUGUAUAAGUGCCUUGGCCGCUUGGUGUUACGAACAACGCUACAUACAAAACUGCCCACAAAACUAGUUUUUUACCACGGCGAGGUGCUAUGAAGAGUGCCAAAAAUGUAACAGGUACGUAGUUGUAUUAGUGUUCAGGUGAGCACAAAGAAAGUUUACUUUAGAUUUGUACGGUGUAAAUUAUAUGUGCUUUUGGAUUUUAUUCUGUAUCCGUUAAGGAAUCAAAAUAGUACUUAGACACAGAAUGAGCAGGAGUAAGUAUUGUCCAAUACAUUAACUGAUUAACUUCGCGCGAUAAAAUAAAUUUGGUCAGCUCAAACAGUAGAUACAUUUAUCACUUUAGCCCAUACUUACAUCAAAAGGUUAUAAUAAUUUAAUCGGAGACAAUAAUACGGUAAUUAUACUUGUUUUCUCUCGCUCAUUCAGUGUAUUUCAUUCAAUAGCAAAAGGUCUCAAAUACUGUCGACUUCACAAAGAUGCCGUUGUCGCUCUGCGUAUUGGCCUCACCAUGCUAUGUUUAUAAAUCGAUUUACAGAUUGGGCGCCAAGCUAUUGUGCAAGCGGAAUGCAAUAUAAGUCCAUAACCGUGUGUGAAAGCGGCUUACGUAAAAAAAAAACGAUAUUUCGGUAUGGCUAAGGCUCAUGCAUGAUCUGUUUAUGACUCUUGCAAAUGUUAGUGAUAAAAGAUUUUCGAGCUGGCCCAUAAACAAUUCAUAAGUUCGCUGAGGCUGUAACUAAAACCCCAGGUAGAAGUAGAUAUAACUGUGAAUUUAGCGGUAAAACAAAAAAGACGAAAUUUGAAUUUUAUUAGAGUUCAUAUUGCUGGUGUUACCCGUUGUCGUGCCAAGAGAUAUUAUAGAUAUAUUUCAACAAAAAUUGCUACAUUUUAAUUUACAACACACACUGGAGCGCUCACGUCCAGAACCGAUUAAAAAAAAAUAAAAAAAUUGGAGUUUAUAAGUGGAAAAUGUAUCUUGACAAUAUUUAACUUUAAAUUUAAGCUCACAAGUUGAAUUUGUGUGAAAAAUGGCAUCGUGGCACUAAAAUGCACUAUUAUGUAAUUUCUACUGUUUUAUUGUUCUAUGAAAAGUUUAUAGAUGUACUUAAUUGUUACCGUCAUUUCAUGCAAUUUGGGUCCAAUAUGGGAUGCGACAAUGUCUUUUGGUGUGUGCUUCGGCAUCGUGGUAUAUAAUGUCACUUUGACAUUUUAUAGAUGUUUGUUUGUCACAUAAUAUGAAUUUCGUUUUCACAAGUUUAUAAAUUGUGUAUAUGUAUAAUAAGAUGUUUUAUUGUAAAUUAUACAAAAUUUGACUUUUA